GCAGCGCCGCGGCCCGAGUCCUGGCCAGUGCCUCUGCUUCCGGCUCGUAGUCCUCUCUUCAUACAUACUUCGCCAUGUCCGAGACCGCCCCUGCCGCUCCCGCCGCACCGGCCCCCGCUGAGAAGACCCCCGUGAAGAAGAAGGCCCGCAAGGCCGCAGGUGGCGCGAAGCGCAAGGCGUCGGGACCCCCGGUGUCCGAGCUCAUCACCAAGGCCGUGGCCGCCUCCAAGGAGCGCAGCGGCGUGUCCCUGGCCGCGCUCAAGAAGGCGCUGGCGGCCGCCGGCUACGACGUGGAGAAGAACAACAGCCGCAUCAAACUGGGGCUCAAGAGCCUGGUGAGCAAGGGCACCCUGGUGCAGACCAAGGGCACCGGCGCCUCCGGCUCCUUCAAGCUCAACAAGAAGGCGGCUGCCGGCGAGGCCAAGCCCAAAGCCAAGAAGGCGGGCGCGGCCAAGGCGAAGAAGCCCGCGGGCGCAGCCAAGAAGCCCAAGAAGGCUGCGGGAGCCGCCACCCCUAAGAAAACCAAGAAGACCCCAAAGAAAGCGAAGAAGCCCGCUGCAGCUGCAGGAGCCAAAAAGGCUAAGAGCCCGAAGAAGACGAAAGCAGCUAAGCCCAAGAAGACGCCCAAGAGCCCUGCCAAGGCGAAAGCGGUGAAGCCCAAAGCGGCCAAACCCAAAACCGCCAAGCCUAAGGCAGCUAAGCCAAAGAAAACCGCAGCCAAGAAAAAGUAAAUUUUCCUUGGCCAACUGCUUAGAAGCCGAACAACCCAAAGGCUCUUUUCAGAGCCACCCACAAAUCUCAGUGAAA